AGGGCGGGACGACUUGCGUGAGGGCGUCGGGUCACGUGAUGCAGCGUACAACAUGGCGUCGGUCGCGGACAUGUUCGAUGUGACCUGGGAGGAAAUGCGUGACAAGUUGAGAAAAUGGCGAGAUGAGAACUACCGGAAUAGUGAACAGAUCGCUGAUGUCGGUGAAGAGUUGAUCAAUGAUUAUGCUUCAAAACUCGGAGAUGAUAUUUGGAUCAUUUAUGAACAAGUGAUGAUUGCUGCCCUUGACUGCAGUCGUGACAACUUGGCAACACAAUGUCUGCAUGAACUCCGCAAGCAAUUUCCAGGCAGCCACCGGGUGAAACGAUUGACUGGCAUGCGAUAUGAAUCACUUGAAAGGUAUGAUGAUGCCAACAAGAUGUAUGAUGGAAUAUUGCAGGAUGAUCCAACAAACACCGCAGCACGGAAGCGUAAGAUUGCCAUUCUCAAAGCCCAAGGGAAAACUACUGAAGCCAUCAGAGAACUGAAUGAGUAUCUGGAACAGUUUGUUGGCGAUCAAGAGGCAUGGCACGAACUAGCAGAGCUUUAUAUCAAUGAGCAUGAUUAUGGAAAAGCUGCAUUUUGCUUAGAAGAACUUAUGAUGACUAACCCUCACAAUCACCUUUAUUGUCAGCAUUACGCUGAGGUGAAAUACACUCAAGGUGGAUUUGAAAACCUGGAAAUCUCUCGCAAAUACUUUUCCCAAGCACUGAAACUAAACAACAGAAACAUGCGGGCCUUGUUUGGGCUGUACAUGUCUGCAAGUCACAUUGCAUCUAAUCCUAAAGCAAAUGCUAAAAUCAAAAAGGACAACUUGAGGUAUGCUACUUGGGCAGCAAUGCAGAUCAACAAGGCUUACCAGGAAUACGCAAAAAUGCUGGAUGAACUCAGCAGGUCAAGCGGCAUCUACGGAAAAGAGUAAAUAGUUGAUGUUUCUGGCCAAGACACUUCUUCAGGACAUGCUUGUUCUCGAUAUUUUAAUUUUAUUUUAGUUUUCUGAAGUUAUAUUCAAAGUAAUCCAUUAAAAUUGAAUGUAAAAUGUUUAAAAAUGCUGGAAGUGAGAGAUGGAAACAAAAUUCACAGUGUGUCUGCUAAUGGUUAGAAAAGAAAAUAUUUCAUUUUGUUGUAUCAUCUGACUCUUCUCUCUGAUUUAGAAGACAACCAACUUUAGACCUAGAAUUUCAGCUGUCUCCAACAUUGCUGCCAGACACAUGAAGUUGUAUGAGGGUAACAGUGAACUAUAGAAAGGAUAGAGUGCAGAUACUGGAACAAACACAUCGAGCAGCUUUACGUCCAGAAAGACAAAUACAGAUUUCAAAGGAUUCCAAAACUGUUUAUUUCCUUUUGGCUAGCAGUUAAGCUCAUCAUUUCUGGUAACCCUGGGGGGGGGGGGGUGGAAUUUAAUUCUUUGUUCAACUUACCCACAUCGAAACAGGAAAAGCUACAAUUAUGAUUGACAUAGACAGGAUAGACGGAAUCUUUUUCUCAGGGAAGUGCAAUCAAGAACUAGCUGUCACAGGUUUAAGAUGAGAGGGGAGAAUUUAAAAGGGAUAUGACAGGUACAUUUUUCCACAUAGAAGUUGGUGGUUGUCUGGAAUGAGCUUUCAGAGGAGGUAGUAGAGGCAGAUGCAAUUAAAACGUUUAAGACAUUUGGACAGAUACUUAGCUAGGAUAGCAAAGAGAGAUACAGAUCUAAUGUGGGCAAGCAGUAUUAACGUUGAUGGGCAUCUUGGUUGGCAUGGACUAGUUUGGCCAAAGGGUCUGUUACCAUGCUGUAUAGCUCUAUGAACUUGGAGAUCCUCAAAACCUGAUCAUAAAAGGAAGGCGUAUUAAACCUGAAAAGAGGGUUAUAAUGAGAUGUUUAGAGAGGAAUUUGUGAGCUUACAGUGUUCUCAACUGAAGGCAUAGCCAUCCAUGGUGGACCAAUUAAAUUCAGGGAUGUUCUCAAGGCCAGAAUUGGAGGCAUGUCUGCGUCUUUGGAGGGAUUCACAGUAGAGAUGGGGAAGGGCAAGACAAGAAGGUUAUUUGGAAAUGUUAGCUUUAGAGUAUGGUUAACUAUGGGAAAAAUAAAUAGGCUAAAAAUGGCUUGUAAUAACACAGCAACUUGUAUUCACAAAGCUCUUUUAAUGCAAUUAUAUCUCUCUUGUGGCUUCACAGGAGCAUUAUCAAACAUAAUUCCAAAAUUAUGGUGAGACAAUUAAAUUCUAUUUGACUCGUUAAAUACUUUAAUUGAUGACUAAAACUUUAACUGAUGACUAAACCAUGCUGUACAUCUGUUUUCAAUAAAAGGCAUAGGUCUUAAUAAAAUUAUAGCAUGGCCUU